AUGUAUUCCAAGACAGCUUUUGUGUAUUUCCUUGCAGCUGUUGCAGAAGCUCGUUUCGGACAAGAGCAAGGUAAUGGUGCUAUUGCCGCUAUUCAAGCCUUGUCCAACCUCGGCCAGCCUGGUCAGGCAGCUACUCUUGCUGGAGGCUCGAUCCAGUUCCUGCUUGCGGCAGCUAAUCCCUGCGGAAAACUGAUCCAAGCAGAUAAGAUUGUUUCUCAGCUUGGAACAAGCGAUGCCGCCAUCGCCGCGGCGCGUGGUCUCGUUGCCGCGGAACAAAACUUCAACCCCUUCGUCGUCAGCAUCCCGUCUAUCUGCUCUGACCCUACUCUACCAACAACCGCUGCCCUUCGUGGUGUUGUCCCCCUCAUUGAUCCAGCUGUCGGCGGACAGGACAUUGAGAAUGCAAAUUCGAAGACCUCCGUGACCACUCCAUUUGAUGCUACCGGCUUGAGUGUCGCUCAAGUGAUGGUUGCUCAUGGCUUCUCCAACUUUACUGCCGUAGCCCAGGAUGGAACUAAGGUUGCUGCUUCGGCUCUUGGAACAAGUGGUGCUUCCACGGGGGCCGCAUCCUCUGCCGCCGUUGCUGUCGCUGCUUCCUCAUCCACAGUCGUUAAUGCAUGCUCAGGUCCUACUACUUUGGCUACUGCCGUGAGCUCUGCUGCUGUCGCAACAGCCACUCCUUCUGCUGCCUCGGCUGCAGCGGGAACUUGUACCGGUUCCGGAUCUACUUUGACCUGCAGUGCUCCUGCAGCAGGUGCCAGAGCGGUCUCCGACCCCGUCACUGGUACCUUCGGUGGCUUCGUGGCAUCCACCAUUGCCGGCCUUGACUUUGGUCUCUGUGUCCCCACUAUGAAGUUUGAGGCUGGUCUAGAUGGCCGUUCUACUUCCGAAUCUACCUUCCAGGCUAUUGACCCUCUCAUCAACAAGGGCCAAGAGGAAGCUAAGAACCCCCUCAUCAUCGCCAACAGAAUCCAUGAUCAAUUGACCAAUGUUUGUGGAGCUAAUGCCGCAGCUAAGAGUGCUGCCGCCGCUGCUCAGCAAAAGCUUGCUAGCUUGGGAACCAAGGACGCCAGCACUGCAGACGCAUGGAACACUGCAUUGGGAUUCGCUGGCACUAACACCAACCCUGACAAUGCUCCCAAGGCCGGGUUGGUCGGACACACUUAG